AUGAACAAAUCAACAUAUUUUAAAAUAUAAAAAAUAAUAGACAUAUUUUAAAUAGCUAAAAAUUUAAUCGAUAAAUUAAAUGGUCCUCAGAUUUUUUCAGGUGUUGCAGCUAUACCAGUGAUGGUUUAGAAGCUCUGCUAAUUAUUUUUCUAAUAGCAAAUAAAUUCCUUUAGCUCAUUGUAAAGAAAUUAUAUUCGAAUAAUUCACUUAGUAACUCUUUAGAUAACUUAUACUGGUUUGAUUUUGUUAUACAAAUCAAUAAAGUAUUGCCAAUUACUUAAAUUUCUUAGUAAUUUAAUUUCUUACUCAAGCAAUAAAAUUCAAAAGAAUGACUUUAUAUAUUUACAUUCGAUGCUUGUUUUAAAAUACGAUUCAAGAUAAAAAGGAAUAAGUAAGAAGUCAUAUCCAUAAGUAUAUCACUUUAUUGAGUUUCAUAACAAUCUUAUAAAGGCAAUAAAAUUUUCAGAUAAACAAUCUCUUUUUGUUAAAAUAAGAACAUUCUAAAAAUAAUCACAUAAUAUUCUAUGUUUAGUUAAAAAGUAUUGUAGUAAAUUCAACAUUUAUAUUCGCAUCUCUUUUUUUAAGUAUUAUUAUUAUUACUAAGCUAAAUUAAUACUCUUGAAUUGA